AAUAUGUCUAGAUAAAAGGAUAGCUCGACUUUCGGAUAAAGGCAGUACCGCGUUUCUCGUUGCGCGAAUAAUUCGCUCCGAUGACGGAACCCAUGAGCAAAUACUCCCUCGAGGAGGUGUCAAAGAAUGACGGAACCAACGGAGCAAGAGUUUGGAUAAUAAUCAACGACGAUGUACUCGAUGUUACAAAUAAUCUAGACGAGCAUCCUGGCGGUAGAGAUUCUAUAUUGGAAUACGCGGGUCAAGAUGCGACGAAAGCUUUCAACGACGUCGGUCAUUCCGGAGAUGCGCGGAGCUAUUUGAAAGGUGCAAAAAUUGGCGAAUUAAUCGAGGAAGACAAAUUGGCUAACAGAAAGAAAAAGAACCAAUCCGCUGAAAGUUCAACGAAAACUGCGUCUCACAGGAGUGUUUUGUCGAUAAUAUCUUGUGGAUUAUGCGGAUAAUCCGGGAUGCUGAGAAAAAAAGGCAGAUGCUGGUUGCUGCUGUGCUGUUUUUGGUAUAACAUUAACAUAAGCUAUACAUAAAUAACGAUAGCAUUAACAAUAAUAAUAACAAUAAUAAUAAUAAUGAUAAUAACGAUGAUGAGGUUAAGAGGUUAGAGCAACGGUAAUACGGCCAUGGUAAUCCGUGAAUGGAACGAAACAUUG